AUGCACCAUGAUGCUUGGUAUGCGAAAGAUAAAUCCAUUUUCCAUCCAGACCUAUUCCCAGCCGACUUGGGCGGUGCUAGCCUCCAGGACAUUAGAGCGUAUUAUCUGAGAAACGAGGAAGACCAAUCAUCCAUAGACGUAGCAUCGGAGCCUUGGUAUAUCCAAAAACCGUCCGCAGAUCAAUCAAGAGGGCUCUGCGACAUAUGUAGCCAUAUCGACAUCGCAAGGCUGAUGACAGAGCGCGUACAACAAAACCAUUGUCCCAUUCUGGUCCUGCGCAAUGUGCUUGCAGCGCGCGAGAGAUGCUUGUUCUGCGGUCUUGUGACAGAGGCAUUAUGCCGUGCUAAUGGACAGAAGGUCGAUGUAGAAGAACUAGAAGAGGAGGAAAAUGUGCUGGGCUGUUGGAUUCAUUACGAUCCUCGCUUCCGUACACUUAGCAUAUACCGAAGGCGCAUUGGCGUCUUAGCUGGUGUCGUCGGUUAUUUCGGGGAGGUUCACGAAGUCCGAGAAGACAGCGCGCUUCUUCCUUACGGUCGUCGCAUGGAUAGUUCAGGAGCAGACCUAGGACUGGUCAAGAGUUGGAUUCGCAAAUGUGAGCAAGAGCAUAGCUCGCAAGAUACGCGAGAUCAUAUGCGUUACGAGCCGCAUCUGCGGAAUGCAACUUGGGUGGAUCUACGCGUUAUUGAUGUUAAGAACGACUGCGUUGUUAUCGGUAGCUGGGAUAUGCGCUACGUUGCACUGAGCUAUGUGUGGGGCAAAGUCGACCAGCUCCAAGCUACUGUUGCAAACGCAGAAGAGCUUGCAGAGAAGGGAAGUCUCUUGCGAGAAAAGCACAAAGAACGUCUCCCUACAACCAUCAGGGAUGCGAUGAAUUUUGCGAAGAAGCUUGGUGAACGGUACCUAUGGGUUGACGCUCUUUGCAUCAUACAAGACCACCCAGAAAAGAAUGCAUUACUGGACGCUAUGGAUAAAGUAUACAAUACGGCAGCUUGGUGUCUAGUGGCAGCCUCUGCCACAGAUGCCAAUACUCCCUUAUCUCGAAUCCAUCCCAAAACCAACGAAUCACCCUAUCCUGAUAAAUAUACCACCAACAUCCAAGACAUAUCUCUCGCAACAAUCCUCCCUCCUCUCGCAACAGUGCUCGAUACAUGCACCUGGAACACACGUGCCUGGACAUACCAAGAAGGCAUAUUAUCCACGCGGCUUCUGUUUCUGUUUGAUGCCCAGAUCUACUUCAACUGCUAUCACGGCUACUCCUUCUGCGAGGAUGUUGCGUUGGAGGAAUCCCCACGCGGAGCCGGUGGCUCGAUGCAAGUAAGCGGGCAGAUUUACGUCGUGAACGCUCAGACGAACUUUGAGACGUAUGCCGAAGCCGUGGAGGAGUAUUCGUCGCGGAAUAUAUCAUUCCAUGAAGAUACGGUGAAGGCAUUUGCGGGGGUCCUGUCGGUGUUGAGAACCUCUUUUCGGGGGGAUUUUCUAUUUGGUCUGCCUGAUACAGAACUCGAUCAGGCACUUCUGUGGCAGCCGAAAAGAGCUUUACGUCGGCGGGAAGAUCGCAAUGGGAACGAGUUGUUCCCUAGUUGGAGCUGGGCUGGCUGGGAAGGUGGUGUGAAGUAUUGGCCGAAUCUAGCCUUGUCGAGAGUCCAGUGGAAAGACGCUGUUACGGGCAGGUACUUCACGUCUUGCCGAUUCCGUCGCCCGGAAACGGCUGAGCCUGACGAUGCGUGGUUUCAAGAUGACUGGGUUCGGGGAAAUCCAAGCCUUGAGCGCGAAGAGUGGUGGACGUACGAUCUAUGCUAUUACGAAAAGGAAAAUCCCGACAUGCUGUUCCUUCAUCCUGUUUCCAAGAAUUCAAAUUCAGCUGGGUUGGAGUCGUUUACGCAUGUCCGGCCCGGUACACAGCAUCUACGAAUUCGAUGCAUGGCAAUUCGAUUUAACGUGACUGGAGAGCACGCAGAUCCUCUAUUAUCCGCACUAGUGCCGUGCAAAGAUGAUCAACAUAUCGUCUGCGCAUCAAAAGUGUUCAAUAGCACUGGCUCCCUAGUCGGUACAGUCCAAAUACCAGGUUCAAUUGCCAAAGAUAUUCAUCCAGGGGAGUACGAGUUCAUCUGUCUCUCCCGAACACACCUCAUCUGCGAAACGAUCCGCGCAACCGAUAUGAGUCCCUUUGGCGAUGAAUUCGACGACAGUGGUCACGGGACAGAUACGCAGGAUUCGCCAACAGACAUGGACUCGGAAGCCUCGAUCCUGGAUCCACAAGACUUUAUAGAAUUCGACGUCAAAGCAUUCGAUGCGAGUAAGCCCUGGUGCAUUUACAAUGUCUUGCUUGUAGAGACUGUUGACAGUGGGGAGUCGAGACGUGUAGGGCUAGGUAGGGUACAUGUUGACGCUUUCUUAGGAGGGGAAUGGGCUUGGAAGGAUAUGGUUUUAGGAUGA